AUGGCUAAACGGAGUCGGAAUAUGGAAUCUAAUUCAGAGCGUUCUUCUAGACCAAAAAAAAAGUCCAAGGGAGAUGCUAAACCUGAGCAACCUCCCUACGUCCAAUCUGCCGAACUGGAUGCGGUGCCUCAGUCUGAGAUUGAUGAUUUCCUCAAGUCCAACACCAUUCAGAUUUCGGAUCCCUCGAUCAAAGAGACUUUACGUCCUAUCACUGCGUUCUCUUACCUGCCUUCAGAUUCUAAUCAGCUGUAUGGGCCUCUAGAGCACUUUUCAAAACCGACCCCAAUUCAAUCAGUCACCUGGCCAUAUUUAUUCGCAGGCAGAGAUGUCAUCGGUGUCGCUGAAACCGGAAGUGGGAAAACAUUGGCCUUCGGCGUCCCGUGUAUUCGGAAAGUGUUGGAAAUCAAUGCUUCUCACUCAUCAUUCCGAAUCUCUGCUGUUAUCAUUACACCUACUAGAGAGCUGGCAAUGCAAAUCCAUGACCAGCUAGUCAAGUUCACCCCGAAUGGCGUAGGCCUAGCAUGCAUAUACGGAGGUGCCUCGAAGGACGAUCAGCGCCGUGCACUGAAGAAGGCGUCCGUUAUUGUUGCAACACCAGGGAGGUUAAAGGAUUUUCACAGUGACGAGUCCUUGAACUUGAAAAAAGUGAAGUACCUUGUGUUAGAUGAAGCCGACAGGAUGCUGGAUAAAGGGUUCGAGCAAGAUAUCAAAGAUAUCGUAAGCGCCAUGCCUUCGUCAAGGAAACGCCAGACAGUCAUGUUCACCGCAACUUGGCCUAUUAGUGUACGGAAGCUCGCAACUACCUUUAUGAAAGAGCCGGUCACGGUUACGAUUGGAGGCGAUCUCUCUUCCGACAUCCGUGCUAACACGAGGAUCAAGCAGAUUGUGGAGGUUGUAAAACCAGAGAAUAAAGAGAGUCGGCUUUUGUCCUUAUUGAACCAAUAUCAAAGGGGCAGGAAUGCUAUGGAUAAAGUGUUGGUAUUCUGUCUUUACAAAAAGGAGGCGACUCGUAUUGAGCGAUUUAUCCGUUCUAAGGGUUUCAAGGUUGCGGGUAUUCAUGGUGACAUGAACCAGACAGAACGCUUCAACAGCCUGGAUGCAUUCAAAUCAGGUUCUGUACCUGUUCUGGUUGCCACAGAUGUGGCCGCCCGUGGACUAGACAUUCCAGCCGUCAAGCUAGUCCUAAAUGUCACAUUUCCCUUGACAGUUGAAGACUAUGUCCAUCGAAUUGGAAGGACUGGUCGGGCUGGUUCGGAUGGGUUGGCGAUUACGAUGUUCACCGAGAAUGAUAAAGCAUUGUCUGGAGGAUUAGUUAAUAUCUUGAAGGGAGCUAACCAAGAUAUACCCGAAGCACUCUUAAAAUUCGGUACCACUGUGAAAAAGAAGCAGCACGAUUCUUAUGGCGCGUUUUUCAGGGAGGCUGACACCAUGAAAACGGCCACUAAAAUCAAGUUUGAUGAUUAG